AUGUCUUCAUUUCAGUAUUUCACUCUCUUCACCCUCUACUUUACCAUUUUCUAUUCCAUGGAUGGAAUUGAGGUUAGGAAAAUCAUCAAAUCCCAGCAAACCGAAAAAAAGAGCCACCUCCACUUUUUCUUCCAUGACAUCCUUAGUGGCAAAAACCCUAGUGCCGUUAGAAUUGCUGGGCCACUAAACAGUACCAUUACUACCUUUGGUGCCACCAUGAUGAUUGAUGAUGCGCUGACUGAAAAGCAAGAACCUACCUCAAAGAUCGUUGGAAGGGCACAAGGGCUGUACUUAGUGGCUGCACAACGUGAUCAUGAGUUUGCACUGCUUGUGGUUAUGAAUUUUGCGUUUGUGGAAGGAAAGUACAAGGGAAGUACCAUUAGCAUCCUUGGGCGGAAUUCAGUUCUAAACGAUGUGAGAGAGAUGCCGAUCAUCGGAGGAACGGGCCUAUUUAGGUUUGCCCGUGGCUAUGCCUUAGCCCAUACAGUUAGGUUUAAUCCUACAGGAGACGCCAUUGUUGAGUACAAUGUUUUUGUGUCACACUUCCAGUAA